AUGAGCACAGCGGGUCCUAGCGGGCUAGGAAAACGACUUUUGAGCCAAGGACUGCCCCCACAAAGGGCUACAGUCCAGAAAUAUGUGCUAGACCCUGUGAAGCUAAUCGCGAUCCCGAUUACCAACAAGAGGAUAUUCCUAUACCACAAGCACUCUUCUGAGAUCUUGAACAUGAACUCGCGGAUUGUGCGAUACGAAACUAGGAUCACAGAGAAGGCACGGAAGAUAUGGAGCAAGCUCGAAAAGUCGCCACGCGAGAUCAACCAAAAGUUGGUCCGAAUGGUGAAUUCGCAGCUGGAUAAGACCCCGUGGACAGAAGACUCGCUCAACACAGUCCCUUCCGAGGGCUAUAUCCUGAAGACGGUUAUGGAAAACCAGGAGUCUCGAAACCUCACCUACCAAGAGUGGUUCAAGAACGUCGACAAGCUCGAUGUGAGACCUGUAUGCAUGUACUACCCCCAGAGCGUGAUGUCGGAGCGCGCUGUGCGUGAGCAGCUGAAGUCGCUGUGGGAUCACGGCUUGAACUACCACAAGAAGCAGAUGUGGCUAAGCAUCCUAGGCCUCCCGCUCACGCUGCCAGUGGUCCUGGUUCCAGUCGUGCCCAAUGUCCCGGGAUUCUACCUUCUGUACCGGGCGUACCGUAAUUUCAAGGCGUUCUGCGGUGCUAAACACUUGAAGUCACUGGUGGAGAACAAGAGCCAUAAGUUGGUAUUUACAGAUCUGCCGCAGUUUUCGGACAUCUUACGGAGCGAAACUGAGAUUCCAGAGGAGCAUCUUGUACUGAACGAAAAGAACCUGGAGCGAGUUCUAGAUAUGUUGCAGAUUCAUGAGCUACGCGCUCCGCUGGAGAAGGCAGUGCUCCAGGAGCGCAAGCGGCUUGACGGACAUAGAAAAUGA